AUGGCUUCCAUUCACUACUCAGUUUCAAUCCAUUCGGUUCCCAAGUUACCCAAGUCCAACAAUGGUCGAACCUUUUCGUUAAAUUUAGCCAACCCAAAACGUUCAUGUUCCUUUCCCAGAAUCCGAGCAUCGAGUUCACAAUCUUCCCCGUCAGUAGAAGAAGCAGUGAUGAGCAUAGACAAUCUUCAUAGCUUCAUCGAGCUUAAUAUGGGAAAAUGGAAUGGGUCUUUCUACCAAUUUGAUGCUUCUGGGCAUUUGUUGCAACAAAUAAGUACGAAGCUUUCAGCAAGUUCUUAUGGGGAAGAUCAUCUCAUGAGUCUCAUUCAAACCCUAUACAUUAAGCAACCUUCAUCAAAUACUUCAAUUUCUGGAUAUGAUGAGGAAUCAGAGUGGGCAGAGUACAAAAUCAAAGAAACCAAUAUGUUUACUGCUGACAAAUAUCAACAAAUUGGCUUUUUUCCAUCUGAGAGAGCAUUUUCCCUGAGGUAUCAAACAGCUGGCAUGUUGGAAACAGUAUUAAGGCAAGGGGUUCUUGGAGAAGAUGAUACUGGUGAAGAAUCACCAAAAAAUGUGAAGCUUCCCUCUCGGCGACCUUCUGUAGUAUGUGAGAGUUGCUUGUAUUCUCUUCAGGCAGAGAUGCGAGCAAGAGCUUUUCACAUUUUGGAUCCAAAAGGAGUUGUAGAUAUGCUUAUUGUUUUCCUAGAGGAAAAAAGUGAUGGGUCUCCACCUCUGCUUGACAAUUCAAUGGACAAAGAGAGUAAGAUUUUACCCUUUCUUGGCGAGUGGAAAGGCCAUUCUGUUACAAAACGUAGUGGUGUAUAUGGAUCUACGAUUGCUGAAGCUGAUACAGUUGUGUCACUUGAAAUGGAUGACGAUGGCCAGCUUAAUCAGGUUGUGACUUCAACAUCGAACAAGGAAAAUGCAAACGUGACUACAAAUGUGGAGUGGAAGGGUACAAUGUCAGAGAAUUUGGUUACAUUUGAUGGAGGAUACCAGGUUACGCUGUUGCCGGGAGGGAUGUACAUGGGGUGUCCUUGUGACGUGUCAAAAAGUGUUGCAGAGUCAAAAUCUUUCCAUUUGGAGUUCUGUUGGCUUGAGACGCCUAACAAGAGACAAAGACUGGUUCGCACUUACGAUGUACAGGGCCUGGCUGUUUCUUCCACUUAUUUUUUUGAGACUAAGUCCUGAAUUCUGGGUUCACCUAUCAACACCUUACCUUUUAUUUUUUGCAAGAGAGAGUAAUUAAAUAGGCUUGAGUGGCACCGAUCUGUAUGAAUUCCACUUUCAAAUACUCUUCCUUUACAUCUAAGCUAUAUAUAAUCUGAAU